AUGGCGCACGUAAAGCGCAAGGAUCUCUCCGAGCAUAAAAAAACAAUAAAGGGAAAGACGGUCGGCGGCCUCCUGAACGCUGUCGACAUUCGGAAAUCUAAAUCCAUUGACAUAUUUAAAAAAUCCGUUAGAAAAGAAAGUUCUAUUGUAGCUGCAAAUUAUUUUGAGAGCAAAAGUGUUCGCUUUGUAUGCUAUUUGGGAUGUGGUUCUGGAUACGAAAACAAAGAGCUAUCACUGCAGUUCAUUCGUAAAGGAAUCAGAUUCUCAAUGCUGCUAAUAGACGCGAAUGGCACUGACAAGUUGGAGGCAAUCUUGCGUCAAUGGACCACUCCUAUUGGAGUACUGCUGGAGGGGAGUUGCGAGGGGGCGGCAAGCGCUCUUGAAAAAGCAUCUAUGGAAUCUCUGUUUGAUGCGAUGCACAUGUGGCUCAUUGUGGAAAAUUUUAACAAUCAAUGGAACAUUCAAGAAGUAUUAGAAGGUUUGAAUCUGAGUGUAGAUGCUGACUUGGUUUUGGCUUCAAACGUAGGCAGCCGCUUUGUUCUAACGGAUAUAUUUAACUUCGGGAAUAUUCAGGGCAACAAGCUAGAGAAGAAAGUUAUUGGAGAAUGGGAUAUUGAAAAAGGUUUAAGUGUUUCUCGGAACAGCUUCAAAUAUUACGAUCGCUGGGAUUUCAACAACUUGACGCUACGAGCAAUAACUGUGAUUUUGGACCAACCAAAAGUAUUUAAGCCUGAAAUGUUAGCGGAUCCUGGCUACACACCGGGCGUCUCUGUGAUGACUAAAAUUACUACUCAGCUACUAUGGACGCUCAAGGAUGAGCAUAAUUUCAGAUUCAACUAUACUAUUGCUGGAAGGUGGAUUGGUUCACCGGAAAGAAAUUCAACUCUGGCGGUGACCAACUCGCUGUACUGGCGCCAGCAAGACGUGUCGUGCACAUGCGCCAGAAUAUUCCCCCACUGGCUGGACUGGGUUGAUGUGUUCCUGCCGCCGGCUACUCAACUACAAACGAAGUUCUAUUACCUUAUUUUGGAUAAGGGAGUUGGUGAUUAUGAAAACCGUUUCCUAACUCCUCUAUCUCCUGGCGUGUGGUGGUGGACCAUAGCGUCGUGUGUGGCUUUCACCCUGGUCUUGGCAUUUACCGCCGUGCUAGAAGAGAGGACGGAGCCAGGGCUAUACGCUGCGUUUAGCGUUUUCGCUAUAAUCUGCCAACAAGCCUAUGAAGAUGGAAUAAAUUUGUUUGAUGAGAUUUCUUCUAGUCAAGGUCGUCGAAUGAUUUUGCUGGUGGUGGGUUUGAUGAGCAUGCUGCUCUACAACUACUACACAAGCAGCGUGGUCUCCUGGCUGCUCAACGCGGCGGCUCCAACGCUGGCUGACAUGGACGCUCUCAUCAACACAGAUCUCGAGCUGGUGUUUGAGGACAUUGGGUACACCAGGGGAUGGUUGGACAAUCCAGGAUUCUUUUACUACAGUGGCUUCAAAAACCCGAAAGAAGACAUCUUGAGGACCAAGAAGGUAGUAAAGGCGAAACGUACGACGGCACUACUGCAGCCCGUUACUACUGGAAUAGACCUUAUCCGCUCUGGCAAAUACGCGUACCACACGGAACCGUACACAGCCUACCAAGUAAUAUCCAAGAAGUUCCGAGAUAAGGAGCUGUGUGAGCUGGGCUCGCUGCAGAUGAUGCCGCCAGCAAACGUGUACAUCAUGGCACAGAAGCGUAGCCCAUACAAACAAUUCUUCGUUUGGAGUCUCAUGCGGCUAAACGAACGAGGGCACGUCUCGGCAGCGCGCGCUCGCGCAAGCGGUUUCACUCCGAGAUGCUCAGGGCAGACGCCGCGAGCGCUGGCGCUCGGGCAAGCGGCGCCCGCUUUCGCCAUACUCGCUCAAGUCGGACUAUUCUCACUGCUCAUUUUAGCUUGUGAAGUUAUUUAUCACAGGAUUCAACGUAGAAAGAAGAACAAGGCAUUCAACCAUGGCGCAUCUAUAAGAGGGAACAAUUCCGACGGAGUUUAAAAAUAAAAGGAGAAAUCUCAGCAUUAGUAGAACUUAGAAGUCCG